CGCCGUGUGGGUCGCUGGAUGGAAUGUGAGCGCUGUGCGUAGUGAGGAUCUGAGCCUUGCGCUUCCACUUGCGCGUGAAGGAAGCUCUUCUAUAUUCCCGCGCACAUCCAGGAAGAGACGACGUUGCACACAGUUUGUCGCAGCUUGUGUGACUUGUUGGCGCUCGUAGGACCCUUUUUUUUUUUCCCCUCGACGUUCUCGAUCAAGAUGUUUGGGGUCUUUACAGCAGCAGGUUGUGUGCUCGCGCACCGCUGACAGGGAGGGAAGCCGCGAGGAAAACAGUUACAGCAGAGCACAUAUGCUUAGUUUACGUACCAUCUUUGACCUCCAGAAAGAUGUGUUUGCGCAUAUUUUGCGAAAGGACGACCGGACGGACAGCGUGAAAGCAGCGGAGGCGCGCAUCUUGAACGCGGAGAGAGACGGGGGCGUCCUGUACUCCUGGAAGGAAGCCUCAGGGAUCACCAGAAUCGGGAAAUAUGACCGAAAUACAAAGCAACAUAAGCUCCUCUACACAUUUGAUGAGGAGGUGUUCAUCAGCAGCUGCUCCCUCAACAAGGAAGAGAACCUUCUGGCGGUCAGCCUGUUGCAGAGGUCAAGGAGGGAGCAGCACCUGAGACAAGCUCCCAAGUGCCUCACGCUAGUGAUCGAAAUACAGCCGAUAAACAACACUAAGGUCCUGAAAGCUGUUGACUCUGGAGUCAGAGUACAGUUUCUGUAUCCUGAGGCUGGGAAGAAGUCCGUCACGGAAAGCCACCUGCUGCUGGUAGUGGAAGACGGAUAUGUUGAGCAAUACCAUAUACUCCUGGCAAAACAGGAAGGCUACCGAGUGGUUAUUCAGAACCCUGAUCGCCUGGCUAAGGACAGGGUGGCUGAGGAGAUCAGCUGGGUGCAGUGGGACGGUGAUACGCAGAGACUUUUCUUUGUCACGUCUAAGGAAAGACCUGUAAUGAAAUGCAUGCAGUUUUAUCCUGACUGCCACUGUGAUACUGUGCUUGAACUGCCAUUGGAGUUGCCUAGGGAUUCUUUCCCUUCUAUGAGGUUUGUUAAUCUGGGCUGUGACAAUUACAAUGAUGUCAAGCUGGAAGAUGAGGGAAUUAACAUGGUUGUGUUCACAAAUGAAACAGGGAGCAUGUGUGUGUGCUACAGUCAGCCUGUCUGUACAAAUGAGGACAUGAAAUACACAGUCGCCUUUGUGCACAGAGGCUACAGCAGAACCUACGCAGUGGCCAAGAACAGCGAGGGCCGCUUCAGAAGCAAUGACCUGCUUUUCAUCCAGCUGGGCCAUUAUGUUGUGGUCUAUCUGGCCAAACACUUCUUGCACCUGAUUAAUUCAAGACAGCAGGACCUGCCCUGCUUCAGCCUUUUCCUCUCAGGUGAAGAUAUCAGACUCGGGCCAUCAGAAUUGGACUCCACAGUCCUGUCUUUGGCCCAGGCCACGCUGCUGGACCCGCAGAAGGGACGCAUAUACGAGGCUGACCUCAGCCACUCCUUCCUGUUAGACCUGUUGCGUCGCAGUGGGCCAGAUAUUCAGCGUCUGGCUGCGCUGCACUGCCUGCUAGGACACGUGGGACCUGACCCAGAUGUGGAACGGCAGGUUGUCGAAUGGAUCUGUGAGAGCGUGAUGCCACUCGCAGCCUUUGAUCAGAUACAGGAGUUUAUUCUAGCAUCAUUGUAUAGAACGAUACACCAGCAGUCUCCCAGUCUGGACAGCAUGGAGGUCCUCCCAUAUUCGUCUGUAUUUGACAAGAAGGACCAGCCUGUUGAUCUAAGCAAUAUCCCUGGAGUGAGGUGUGGUUCUGAGCUCCUCUCUCCACCUGGGUUCAGGGGCAAGGCACGGAAUCUACAGGGAUACUGGGAUGAGCUGCGCUGGAAUAUAGAGAGGAUAAAGUACUUUGAGGCGGUUCCAAACCCACGCUUUCGAACUUCUAUUAUCCAGACUGAAUAUAUGAGCCUGCUGGCUGAAAUGAACUCGGAGGACAAGAAGCCUGCAAACCGUUUGAGACACAUUGAGGAAAAUGCCAAGAAAGUUUUGGCCAUGGUGGACACUUGGCACUUGGAUAAGAAGGUAGUUCCUCUGUUCCACGGUGAAGAUCAGCACCAGAGGGAGCUGAUAGGCCUGAUGGUGGAGAAGCUGAGAGAGCACAUGAACAGACAUUUACCACGUCUGGGAAAGAACAAGAUUGAAAAGCUGGUCCUCAGUUAUGUGGCAAAGCUACUGGAGCUGGUGAGACACAUGCUGGAGAACAUGUGGUGCAAGUACAAGUUGGGCCCUCAGGUCCUGUCUGUCAAGCAGCCAGGCGGUGCUGCCGAGUGGGCUGUCUUCCACGUGAUGACACGUAUCCUGGAAGCCACAGCAGGCCUCUCCCUUCCCCUCCCUCCAGGCUACCACACCCUGCUGGCUGUGCUGGGCAUGCGCUGCUUGCCCCGACACACCUUCCUGCAGUAUGUGGACCAUGGCCUGCUGCAGCUUACAGAUCCGUUUGUCUCGCGCCUCCUGACAGAUCUAGACAACAGCAGAGCCAACGAGGAGCUGAAAUUCAGCAUCUUGAAGAGACUUCCAGAGUCAAUGGAGCAGAAGAUCUGCCAGUUAUGGGACCACCCCAUUACAUCCGCCUGCAUAUCUAGGACCUACGUCCGGGGGCUCCUUGAAAAGCAGGACAAGACCAAAGGAGGUUCAUCUUUAUUGGAGAGAGACAAGUCGAGCCGCUACCCAGAAUUUCUGCCUCUCACCUACUUGGCCAAAAUUCUCUCGGAUUUGGAAAGUCAAGUUCUGAACCCCUUUGAAGGGCAGGAGAACGUGGAUGCCAAGUUUGUGGAGGAGACUGCACUGAAACAGACCAUGAUUGAGCUAGGGUUCGAGGAUACAUAAGGGGAGACUUCAAAGUUCAGAAGGAAGACAAGAGCAGAUGGAACGCAGGAAAUAAUGCAAUACUUGAUGUUUUAACAUUGCCCCACUCUCUCGGUGACAGUCAUGUUACAGGUGACAAAUGGGUUUCCUCGCAGGCACAGCCAGCUGCCAGAGGAUGUAGUGUCCAUGUGAUAUUGUGUAACCAGAGAAACCAAAGCCUCUGUUUGUACCCACACCCUAAGUGGAAAUUUAGCCUGUUUUUAAGCUUCCUGUGAUAAGGGCAGUAAGUCAGAAAAAAGGAACAGCAUUAUCUGUAGUUGUGGACUGCGUGUACUAUAAUAUAGCAUGCAAUAAUCAUGACCUGGGUAAAAGGGAUUUUUGUAACUCAUGUUUUAUAUGUAUAUGUAAAUUACAAGGUUAUAGACCUGUAUGUAAAAUAAAACAAAAUAAACAG